AUGGGUAAUAUUUUAAUAAUUGGUAAACCAAGUAAUCCAAAAAAUGAAAGUAAAGUUUUUGUUUCUGGUGUUUAUAAAAUUCCAAUGUUUUCAAUGGGUGGUGAUACAAUUUCAAGAAAGUUAGAUAUCAAUGGUGAAGUUUUAAAUGGUGGUAGUAAUUCAAUGUCAAUUAAUUUAUUUUAUGGUUAUUUACCAAAACAAAAUAUAUAUUAUUUUAGAAUGAAUCAUGCUGGUCAACCAGUAUUUAGUAUGUUAAAACCAUCAUCAUCGUCAGAAUUAAAACAAGUUUUUAAUAUUCAUAAUACACCAUUUGUUCCAGCUAUUAAUGGUAAUACAUUCAUUUAUGGUGCAUAUGGUAUUUAUAGAUUAAAUAAAUUACCAGAAGAUGUUAGUGAUGCUCAAUUGUCAAUUCAAUUAUAUAAAGAUCAAAUUAUUAAUGGUUUAUCAUUUGAUAGUGAAAAUAAAUCUGUAAUUUAUAUGUCAACUUAUCAAGGUACUUUCUUAAAGGGUGAUAUUAAUUGUGUAAAUUGUACAAAAGAUCAAUUGGAAUUAAUUGGAAAUGAUACAAAUGCUCAAUCAGUAAAUGAUUUAUUAGUAUAUAAAGAUAUGAUCUAUUAUUCUUACCCAACUGGUAUUAGAGGUUUCCCGAAGAAUGGAAAAGGUAAUCCAAUUCAAUUAGUUUCAAAUGAAAAUGUUAAUUCAAUGAUUCAAUUAAAUGGUAAAAUUUAUUUCUCAACAAAUGAUGGUUUAAUUAAAACAAUAAAAUUACCAAAUUCAUCAUCACCAUCAUCAUCAACCUCAAAUCAACUUAAAACUAUUUUCAAUAGUUCAUAUUACACCAAAUGUCAAUAA